UUCAAGCGUGUCGGUCGACUCGACACGCGACGCAACACACGCGGUCGCUGAAUAAUGGAGGCGUCAUUUCUAUCGGUGACGCUUGGCGUCGUCAUCGUUGCUGUGCUGGGUCUAAUUUAUCGUUGGCUCACCAAAGAUAGAAACUUUUUCCUCGAAAAAUCGAUUCCGUCGAUGGACUGUAAACCUCUGCUGGGGAGCCUCGGUCCGUUGAUUUUGAAACGGGUCACAUUCUACGAAUUCGUGCAGCAAAUAUACGACAAAUUUUCGGAUGCUAAGGUUUUCGGGCUGUUUUUCACGAUGUCCCGCACGUUUGUCAUUCGAGAUCCGGAGCUGAUCAAGCAGAUAGCGGUGAAGGAUUUCGAAUACUUCACCGAUCGGAGAACGCUCUUUGGCGAUGAAAACAACGACAACCCUAAUCUGCUGUUUGCAAAAGCUCUGGGCAAUUUGAAGGGUCAAAAGUGGAGGAAUAUGCGUGCCACAUUGAGUCCCGCCUUUACCGGAAGUAGAAUGAGACAGAUGUUCUGCUUGAUGGAACGAUACGCCGAACAGAUGAUUGCUGCCGUUGAUAGAGAAUCUGCAGCCACGGGAUCUGUGGACUACGAAAUGAGAGACUUUUGUACCCGAGUCGCAAACGAUAUCAUUGCGACUUGUGCCUUCGGAUUAGAGGUAAAUUCAUUAGACGACCGUGAAAACGAAUUCUACAAAAUGGGUAGCAAAAUGGUAAACUUCCAACGGCCUACUGUGAUGAUGAAAAUAUUCUUGAACAUGCUUUGCCCCAAGCUUGCCGUUAAACUGGGGCUGGAUCUCAUCGACUACGAACAGGGUCAAUACUUCUCGAAAUUGAUCAAAGCAACCAUCGAAGCAAGGGAAACACACGGCACAGUUCGUCCGGACAUCAUCCACCUGUUGAUGCAAGCGAGAAAGGGAAAACUCAAACAAUCAAGCAACGAAGCUGCCGAGGAGAAAGACACUGGAUUCGCUACCGUUGAAGAAUCUCAGAUCGGCAGAGAGCAGAUUGAAGGAAAACUCACCGAAAUUGAGCUUAUUGCCCAGUGUCUUCUUUUUUUCCUAGCUGGAUUUGACACCAUCUCAUCUCUCAUGCAAUUCGUAGCAUACGAGCUAGCCAUCAACCCCGAAGUCCAACAAAAGCUAUACCAAGAAAUAGCCAACGACAACGCAUCAACUCUAACCUACGAAACGCUGCAAAACAGCAAAUACCUAGACAUGGUGGUGUCGGAAGGGUUACGAUUAUGGCCUCCACCGGCUACAGAACGAAUCUGCGUCCGUGAUUACGAGCUAAAACUCGAAAACGGUCACAAUUUCGUCAUCGAAAAAGAUUGUGCUGUGUGGUUCCCGGUAUCUGCGAUACACAAAGACCCCCAAUACUUCCCCAAUCCAAACAAAUUCGACCCGGAACGCUUCAGCCAAACGAACCGGAACAAUAUCAACCGUGAUGCAUAUCAACCGUUUGGAAUCGGUCCCCGGAAUUGCAUCGGAUCGCGCUUUGCCCUGAUGGAGCUGAAAACCAUCAUCUACAAGCUGGUACAGAACUAUCGAAUCGAGCGCUACGAACGUACCCAGGUGCCGAUUCAGCUGGUCAAGGGACUCACCGGAAUCGUAACCGAGAACGGAAUGUAUCUGCGUUUUCGGAAACGAUAACAGCAGUGAACAAAAUCGGUGAUUGGAGAGGGUUCAUUUUAUUAUUAUUUUUGGAAAUGAUCAUUAGUUAAAGAAAGCUUCCAAUUAAAUUGGAAUAAAAAUUCAGUUCAAAUGGAGAAAAAUGUCCAACUCUGUAAAGUUCCCUUUGGCCAUUUUGGCGUUUUUUACCUUUUGAUAACUGAGGCGGAAGCCACCAAAAAAGAUAUAUAAAAAUAACACAAAAAAGUAACAAAAGUUUCCUCAAAACUUUCAAAAAUGUCAUAAAAAAUAUCAUAAAAAUGAUAAAAUAAUAAUAAUUAAAAGAUAUUUCAGCGGGAUUCGAACCCCGAUCGCAACGAUUACAAACCAGACACGCUAGCCAUUAGGCUAAACGACAGCCCCCUUUGUUGGGUUAGAAACUGUUCCUGUUUCUGGAUAUUACAGAUGUUUUUAGCAGUGACGUAGCCGGAUGUGAGAUCUGAAUCGAGGAUUUGAAUUUAAAAUCAGGAUUCAAGAUCAGUUUGAUCAGAAUCCAGGAACCAAACAUGGGACCAUCGACGAGAAUUAAAAACGUCUGAUUAGCGAGCGAGUACUGUACACUGUAAUUUUACACAAAUUCGACUGUAAUCUUUUAAAAAUUACCAGGUAAACAAUUUCAUGUUGCUAGAUAUGUCUUUUUUUUGCAUA